UCCGUCCGUUGGCCUCCUUGCUCUGGUCGCUGCCGCCUCCCCCUCGUGUUCACACUCCUCUAGGCGCCUGAGGCCUCACGGUCUUCGUCCUCGCCCCCGCGUCGCAGGCUCUCAGACCCGCGUGGAGCUCACGGCGGCGACCGCCAUUGGACUAUUGGAGUUCCCGGAGGCCAAUGGAGGAAUCGGUGCCAGUGUCAAUAAUCAGCAGUAUUUCAAACUUUCGUACCCUGUCUACUAGUAGUGUGGUAGAAACUGAGCUAGUUAAAAGAUACUGCCGGAAGAUUGAUGAAAUCCUGGGUCUUCUGAAGCUGGUCCUCGAUGAAGUUCUUCCCCAGAUUACUCUAGAUGAUAGAAAAAUUCUUCUUCUUGAGGAACUGGAUGCUACCAUCAAUGAUGCGAUAAAGCUAGUUGGAAGCUGGGAUUUGAUGAUGAGCAAAAUUUAUUUUGUUAUGCAGGUGGAGUCCCUUAUUACCAAGAUGCAAAAUUAUGUGCUUGAAGUGUGCCAAGUUGUCAAUUCUGAAGUGACACCACCAGAAACCAAUUGUGUUUCAGUGUACUUGGAGAAAAUAAAGCAAUUUCAAUGUGAGAAAAUUAUGGGUAUCAUCAAGGAGGCUUCCAGGGACCUUGUCAAAAAAUUUAUGCCAAAGUCAGAGACAUUGACAAAUAUCCAAGUCUCUUUGAGCUUGUCCACAAAUCAAGAAUUGUUGAUGGAGGCUGUUGCCCUUGCCAAAAUUAGAACAAGAGUCAGCGCUGAGGAUAGUUCAGAACUAGAUGGUAUCAACCAUAUCUCUGAAUUAGUCAACCAUAUGCUUGAGAAACAUGUGGAAGAAAAACAGAUGCAUAGUAUUAAUGGAGUGCCCAUACCUGCUGAUUUUUGUUGCCCCCUUUCCCUUGAACUGAUGUCAGAUCCAGUGAUUGUGGCUACUGGUCAAACAUAUGAACGGGUUUUCAUCAGGAAAUGGCUUGACUUGGGUUACAAUGUCUGCCCCAAGACACGUCAAACUUUGGGACACAGCAAUUUGAUUCCUAACUACACUGUCAAACAGUUGAUUGAAAAUUGGUCUGAGAUACAUGGUGUAGUGCUACCAGACCCUGUGAAACUCUUGAGUUUGAGCUUUUCUGUUUCCCUCAAGCCGAUUAAUGGUAGAACAAGUGAUAAAUCUCCUUCCUCUGAAAACUCUCCAAGGACAAAUAAGUUUGGUUCACCAGAUCAUAUGAUAUCAUCAGAUGACAGUUGUCAUCCUAACUUGCUGCAUGAGAAUUCUGAUUCAGAUGAUCAAAUCUCCAAGGCUUCAUCUUCUGAAGACACAGAUGAUUCUGAAACUGAUUCUUCAAAGUUACUAAUUGCAGCUACUGAAGCAAACAAAUUAAUAAUAUGCAAUGCGACUACUGAUGGUUCUGAAGCCCUUGUGCAAUCGAGAAAGGAUGGUUUCCAUGCUUCUGAUGUUGAGCAGCAUCUCCAAAGCAACGGUAUCAGUAGUGAUAUUGGCUCAAGUGCUUCUUCGAGCAGCAACCAUCUUGAAGUCGUUGAGAAGAAUAAGGAGGAACAGGUCUCAAGUAACAGCAUUGCAUCAGAGACUACAAGGAAUGGCCCAACUGCCACCUUCUCAAAACCAAAUUGGCUGCCAAGGUUGGGUGGUGUUCGUUCUCGAAAUCAUUUAGUCUGGCAGCAACAAUCAGAUAAAGCUGUUCCAAUGGAUUCAAGAUCUGAUUUUGCUAGUGCCGAUAAUAAAGUUUGUAAACUUAUUGAGGAUCUGAAAAAUGAGUGUACUGAUCUCCAAAGGGCAGCAAUAGGAGAGCUGCUGGUUCUUUCAAGGCACAGCAUGGAGAAUAGAAUUGCCAUUGCAAACUGCGGUGCUAUACCCUUCUUGGUGAAUCUUCUUUAUUCUGCAGAUCCCAGCAUGCAGGAAAAUGCUGUAACAGUACUCCUGAAUUUGUCGUUAGAUGACAACAACAAGAUCACCAUCGCAAGUGCAGAUGCCAUCAAGCCUCUCAUCCACGUUCUUGAGACAGGUAACCCAGAGGCAAGAGCAAACUCAGCUGCAACUCUCUUCAGCCUUUCAGUAAAUGAAGAUAACAAGGCCAGAAUCGGACGCUCUGGAGCGAUCAAACCCCUGGUUGACCUGCUGCAAGAUGGCAGCGCGCAGGGGAAGAAGGAUGCAGCAACGGCUCUCUUCAACCUAUCGAUAUUUCAUGAGAACAAGGCCCGCAUUGUUGAGGCUGGGGCUGUAAAGCACCUGGUGGAGCUGAUGGACCCAGCAGCUGGGAUGGUUGACAAGGCCGUCGCCGUUUUGGCAAUCCUUGCCACGGUGCAGGAGGGAAGGAGUGGUAUUGCUCAGGCAGGUGGCAUCCCGGUGCUGGUUGAGGUUGUUGAGCUGGGCUCAGCACGGGCGAAGGAGCACGCUGCUGCUGCUUUGCUGCAGCUCUGCACGAACAACAGCAGGUUCUGCAGCCUGGUGCUCCAGGAAGGUGCCAUGCCUCCUUUGGUGGCGUUAUCGCAAUCAGGCACGGCCCGUGCAAGAGAGAAGGCACAGGUCCUUCUGAGUUAUUUUCGUAACCAGCGUCAAGUUGGCAAGGUCGUCAGGCGCUAAAUUCAGACAUUGUUGUGGUUUCGCUCAGGCGUAACUUAACCUCUGAUGUAACUAUGAUUGCUUUUCCUUCCGUUCUUGGGCAACCAUACUGGUUGAGCAAGUGGUGUACAUCCCGUAGUGACCGUAGGCUAUUACUAUUAGUGAUAUUCCUGGGUAGCGAGUGGUUGAAGAGUGAGACGUCUCCGUUGUACAUUAUGUGCUAUUUUUCAACCGUAAUCAUUUUUUUCUUCUUUGACCAUUGUUGGAGGGGAUGUGAUUAUUGUUUACCCCAUAGUUUGCAACUUUUAUACCAUUCCCUGAAAUGACAACUCAUCGUGUUUAGUAUUUGUCAGUAUUAUUAAGUACUUUGUAUUUUUCUAGUACUUCUCUUACUAUGCU